UUGGGGGGCGGAUAUAAAAGACGUCCCCCCAGUCUCCCUGUUGUAUUGGCAGCGAUUCAGCUAAUCUCUCUUUUUUUUAAACAGCCCGAUUAUUCAAUUCGUCCCCUAUAUCACCGCGAAGAUGCCGGACUCUAUUAACGAAGCUCGCUGUUCUCAUGUUCACCGGCGAAAGAUUCCCCACGGAUGAAGCUACGACACUCUUCUUUGGAAUCUCGAAGCUCUUCCAGAACAAAGACCCAUCUCUACGACAGAUGGUGUAUUUGAUGUUGAAGGAGCUCUCCAAUACCGCACAGGACGUCAUCAUGUCAACUUCUAUAAUUAUGAAAGACACUUCUGUGGGCAGUGAUGUCCUAUACCGAGCGAACGCUAUCAGGGCCCUGUGUCGUAUAAUAGAUGUACGCUCUCUAUUCAUAUGCAGAAGAAAACGACCUUUGCUUAUAUUUGGUGUGAUAUACUUACCUCUUUUCCUUUAUUUUAGGCCACCACUGUCCAAGGUAUCGAGCGACUCAUUAAGACGGCCAUCGUGGAUAAGACGCCCUCGGUUUCCUCCGCCGCUUUGGUUUCCGCAUACCAUCUUCUUCCAAUUGCAAAAGAUAUCGUCCGGAGAUGGCAGAGCGAAACCCAGGAAGCUGCUUCCUCCGGAAAGCAGUCUGGAGGCCUUCUCAGCUUUACAUCGUCAACACAGCGCCAUACAAUGUCCCAGACCAGCUAUAUGACACAAUACCAUGCCAUUGGUCUCCUCUGUCAGAUGAGAGCUCACGACAGAAUGGCAAUGGUCAAGAUGGUACAGCAGUACGGUUCCGGUGUCGUUAAGAGUCCCCCCGCAAUCGUUCUCCUGGUGAGACUCGCCGCGAAAUUAGCCGACGAGGAUCAAAGUCUACGCAAACCCAUGAUGCAGAUGCUGGAAAGCUGGCUUCGAGGAAAACAUGAAAUGGUUAUUUUCGAAGCGGCCAAGGCAAUUAGUGAGAUGAAGGACGUAACCGAUGCAGAGGCUGCCCAGGCUGUCAAUGUCUUGCAACUUUAUUUGUCCUCUCCCCGAACCACCAGCAAAUUCGCUGCCAUCCGUCUAUUGCAUACUUUCGCAUCCUUUAAGCCACAUGUCGUCAACGCCUGCAACCAAGAUAUCGAAUCCUUGAUCUCCAAUUCCAACAGAUCUAUUGCCACAUUCGCCAUCACUACCCUUCUUAAGACCGGAAAUGAAGCUAGUGUUGACCGCCUUAUGAGCCAGAUCUCUGGUUUCAUGUCCGAUAUCACGGAUGAAUUCAAGAUCACUAUUGUGGAGGCAAUCCGGACAUUGUGUCUCAAAUUCCCAAGCAAGCAAGCUGGAAUGCUCUCUUUCAUCAGUGGUAUCCUUAGGGAUGAGGGUGGCUAUGAAUUCAAGAAGAGCGUUGUUGAGAGCAUGUUUGAUCUUAUCAAGUUCGUCCCAGGAAGUAAAGAAGAAGGUAAGACGUUUUCUAUAUGUUUCUCUUGUAUGCCCAUCUCGCUAACAGUUUAUACAGCACUUUCCCAUCUCUGCGAAUUCAUUGAAGACUGUGAGUUCACGAAAUUGGCGGUUAGGAUAUUACAUCUCCUCGGUGUCGAAGGCCCAAAGACACCCAACCCCACCAAAUAUAUCCGGUAUAUCUAUAACCGGGUUGUCCUUGAAAAUUCAACUGUCCGGGCCGCCGCAGUUACUGCUCUAGCUAAGUUCGGCGUUGGUCAGAAAGACCCUGAACUACGACGAAGUGUUAUCGUGCUCCUUAAGAGAUGUUUGGAUGAUACCGAUGAUGAAGUUCGUGAUCGUGCUGCCCUUAACCUCAGACUCAUCGAUGAUAGUGAAAUUGCUGAGCGAUUUAUUGCCAAUGAUACCAUGUACUCUUUAUCUACAUUUGAACACCAGCUUGUCAUGUAUGUCACUGCAACUGACAAAGAGACCUUCGCAACCGCAUUUGAUUUGUCAAAGAUCCCGGUCGUAUCCCAAGAACAAGCCCUAGCCGAAGAGAGAACCAAAAAACUUACUUCGGCUACACCAACUCUCAAAGCGCCAACUGCUGGCCCUUCGAAAGCAAAGCAAAAUGGGGCCGCAGAUGGAGCAGCUGCAGCUCAAGCAACGACUCAGAAAUUUGCCGAGGAGCUUGCACAAAUCCCAGAACUCAAGGAAUAUGGAACUCUUCUCAAAUCCUCAUCACCUGUCGAGCUUACCGAGCGGGAGACCGAAUACGUUGUCACAGCCAUCAAACAUAUCUUCAAAGACCAUAUUGUUGUACAGUAUGACAUUAAAAAUACCCUUCCUGAUACUGUACUUGAAGACGUGUCCGUUGUUGCAACUCCUUCAGAAGGAGAUGAGUCACUUGAGGAGGACUUUAUUGUCCCUGCUCCAAAAUUGGUACCAAACGAGCCAGGCCUAGUAUAUGUUGCGUUCAAGAAGGCCGGCGGUGAACAUGACUACCCCAUCACAUCAUUCACAAACGUCUUGAAGUUCACUAGCAAGGAAAUUGACCCCACUACUGGCGAGCCUGAAGAAACCGGCUAUGAAGAUGAAUAUCAAGUGGAGGAUCUUGAGCUUACGGGCAGUGACUAUGUUGUUCCAGCCUUUUCGGGCAACUUUGAUCAUCUAUGGGAGCAGACUGGUGCCAAUGGCGAGGAAGCUAGCGAAACCCUACAGCUAUCCAACAUGAAGGGUAUAUCAGGUAAGAUUAAGUUGUUUUUUUAUUCCAUAACUAUCGUACACUCUAUUUGAUUACUAAUUUAUGUUCAAUCAUAGAUGCCACCGAGCAACUCAUUGCUACACUAUCCUUGCAGCCCUUGGAAGGCACGGAUGUCGUUCUUAAUAACUCCACACAUUCACUCAAGUUAUAUGGAGAGACUGUAUCUGGAGGCAAAGUCACCGGCCUGGUACGGUUGGCGUACUCCGCAAAGUCUGGCGUCACCACCAAGAUAACGAUCCGAGCGGAGGAGGAGGGUGUUGCUGCCGCAAUCAUAACUUCAGUUGCAUAAAGCCAGCGGCCCUCCUCUUUUAUAUCCUUGUCUCAUUCACGUUGGUGUUUAGAUGGGUAAUGACCUGUUUGGAAUUUCCUUUCUCUCUUCCUGUUAUCAAAAAGAUGACCUAAGCGGUUUUCGAUUCUUGUCGUUUAUAAUAUGAUCCAUUACUCCAUCAAUAACGUUCUCCUUGUCUUUGAGUUCCAACAAAUAUAUCUCUUCCUAGCCUUUUCUAUUCGUUUCUCAUUUCUUGUUGGGGUGGGAUGUGUCGUUGGCUGCGUGUAGAUGUUGCAUUUUGAUCGAAACUUAACGAUUAAAUCCUUCACCUCAAAGCUCAAUUCCAGAGGGGAUAUCUCCGCAAUUCUGCAAUAAAGACGGCUAAAAAUAGUAGACACCGGUCUGGAUUCUACCAUUUUCAAGCUUCUCUUUAUCGUAAUGUCCUGAGUUCCUGGCGUUCUCCAUCAGAACCUUGUCCAUCUCGAGUUCAAACCACUCAGACACAUAGUCGAUGCAAGAUGCAGCGAUGCCUAAUAAGCGAACCCGUGGAAACGCAACUGCGCAAACCGUCUUAAGAUCCCUUACCAACUCAACACGCAGCUUGUGUUCGAGUGGUAGAGGACUUAUUUCCAGUAUUUCCAGAGGAGCCAG